AUGGGGGAAUUCGGCAGGAGGAAUGGGCGAGGAGGGGAAGACCGGUUUUAUUCACCGCCGGCGAUGAGGCGUCAGCAAAAGGCGGCACAGCAGAAUCAUGGGCAGUUGAGAUUGGAACAACAAAGUCAAAUGGAAAAACGGGUCGGGUCGGAAGAUGGGGCGGCAACACCGUCUUCAUCAUCAUCGAACAAUAUGGUCGAUGGGUUGGUUCCCGAACAGGAUAACUUGACUAACUUGGAUCGGUUCAUAGAGCACACUACACCCAGAGUCCCAGCGCAGAUUAUGUCCAAGUCAUGCAUGAGGGAUCAUAGAAAGUUUGAUGGUGAAUUCCAUCCAUAUUUUGUUCUUGGCGAUCUUUGGGAUUCUUUCAAGGAGUGGAGCGCAUACGGAGCUGGAGUUCCUUUGGUUCUGACUGGGAAUGAAUCCGUUGUCCAAUAUUAUGUACCUUACUUGUCAGGCAUACAGCUAUACAUAGAUCCAUCAAAACCUCCCAUAGGGCGAAGGAGGCCAUUUGAGGAAAGUGAUGAUUCAUCCGGGGAGAGCAGCAGUGACAGGUGUGAUGAAUUUGGAGUUGAUGAAGGAUUUGAUGAUAAUAUAAUAGAAACCUUGAGGCUGCAGGACCAUAGCGGUAGUAGUACGUUUUCAAAGAACUAUCCCUUGAGGGAUUUCUGGAGUGGUGAUAUUGAGAUCCAGAAGCCUCCUGGACUCCUCGUUUUCGAGUAUUUUGCUCAGGACCCGCCGUAUGGUCGGCAACCACUCGCUGGACAGGAUACCGGUGGGUCACACACUACAGAAUCUCGAUGCGUGUUUUUUGACGUACCAUUCUCUAUCGACACCAUUGACAAAGCUAAGGUUAAUUGUCUUUAUUCCACAGUGGGUAAAAAGAAAGACUUUCCACAUCUUCAUGGCUCAACAAGCAGGGUUAAGAUAGAGGAUGUAGGCAUGCACUUGAGGCUGGCUCUACCUGUUUUUGGACUGUCGGCAUACAAGUUUAGAAUCUCUUUCUGGAAUUUUUGCGGAAAUCAAGAAUCUCAAAAGGCUAACUCUCUCAACCAAGCUGCUGAAGAUUGGUUGCGGCAGUUGCAAGUUAUCCAUCCGGAUUUCAGGUUCUUUCAGUCACACUCUGUGUAUUUGUUAUAG